AUGAAUAGCCAAGUGGCAAACAUCCCCGUUGAUCCUCGAGAGCACAAGACUGCACUGGCUAACUUUCCUCCUUCCUUCUCAUUUUACGACUCCAUCCCAUGCUUGUACGGGUCUCAGGAGCGGUACGAGAUUGGCAGGAAGCUGGGGCAUGGCAAGUACUCGGACGUCUUUGAAGGGUACUGCGUGGAUACCGACUCUAGUGUGGUUAUCAAGAUUCUCAAGCCAGUGCGGCGUAAGAAGAUCUACAGAGAAAUUAAGAUAUUGACCAACCUUCUCGCCGGCCCCAACUGCAUAAACCUUCUUGACGUUGUCUCGGUGCGUGACUCAGACUAUCCUGCCCUUAUACUGGAGCAUGGAGGCCUGUCUCUCGCCCACUCCGUGCAGAUGCUCAAUGACGAGCAAAUUAGAAUAGUGCUAUUUCAAACCCUACGAGCGUUAGAGUGGUUCCACAUUCAUGGAAUUGUCCACCGUGACACCAAGCCUGGAAACAUUGCAUACGAUCCCACUAGCCAUAGGUUGAAGCUUUUAGAUUAUGGGCUGGCCGAGUUCUACUCCUAUGGAACGCCGCUCCACCAUCGCGUAGCAUCUAGACAUUACAAGUCGCCCGAAAUACUCGUCAAUUAUCAGCUCUAUGACUACUCUUUAGAUAUCUGGUCACUAGGUACCCUAGCUGCUGGCCUCAUAUUUAAGCGUCACCCCUUUUUCAGAGGAACAAAUAAUAUCAAUCAGCUGGACAAGAUUGUUGAAGUGCUAGGCUCAGCUGACUUUUUCGCCAUGAUCAACAAGUACAAUAUUAAGCUUUCUUCAUCGCGAACUUAUGAUCUACAAGGGUAUGAACGCAUGCAGUUUGAUGCCUUUACAAACCAUGACAACCACUAUCUGGUGACGGACCAAGCCCUUGAUUUUCUGAAUAAAACUCUUGUCUACGAUCCUGAGAAGCGUCUGACCGUCCGUGAAGCUCUUCUGCAUCCUUACUUUGAUUGUAUCCGUGAAAAAAUAACCGAUAUGGCAAUAGAGGAGGUCAACGAUGCAAAGAAAAUCAUGGAGCUGGAGGAGAUUGAACAGCAGCUGAAGCCGGCUAAGGCAGAAAAGGUCGAGGACCCUGCAGGCUCGGGGUCAUGCAGCCAGCGGCCCCCGCAGAUGCAUAGUAUCCUUGGUCUCAGCCCGUCUGCUUUACCGACCUGGAAGACAGAUCUCAAAACACAGCACUUCCCCGUUCCCAUGUUGCCCUCUGAGCUCAGUAAGAAUCCCAGUAAGUACAGUCAGUUUGAUAAGAUGUGGGAAGAGUAUUGGAAGACUCAACAGAUGAAACUAGUAGAAAGCGGGAUGCAGGUAUAUGGAUCUCAGAUUACUUCUUAG